AUGUCAGUCUGUUUCCCUCCUGAUGGAAAUACAUUAGCUUCUGGUAGUGAUGAUAUGUCUAUCCGUCUAUGGGAUGUCAAAACAGGAUAAUAGAAAGCCAAAUUAGAUGGUCAUAGUAACUAUGUUAUGUCAGUCUGUUUCUCUCCUGAUGGAAAUACAUUAGCUUCUGGUAGUAGGGAUUAGUCUAUUCGUCUUUGGGAUGUCAAAACAGGAUAAUAAAAAGCCAAAUUAGAUGGUCAUAGUGAUUAUGUUAGAUCAGUCUUUUUCUCUCCUGAUGGAAAUAUAUUAGCUUCUGGUAGUGCUGAUUAGUCUAUCCGUUUAUGGGAUGUCAAAACAGGAAAAUAAAAAGCCAAAUUAGAUGGUCAUACUAAUGUAAUCUUGUCAGUCUGUUUCUCUUCUGAUGGAAAUACAUUAGCUUCUGGUAGUGCUGAUUAGUCUAUCCGUUUAUGGGAUGUCAAAACAGGAGAAUAAAAAGUCAAAUUAGAUGGUCAUAGUCAUUAUGUCGUAUAAGUCUGUUUCUCUCCUGAUGGAAAUACAUUAGCUUCUGGUAGUAGUGAUCACUCUAUUCGUGUAUGGGAUCUGAAAAAUGGGAAAGAAAUUUAAUCUGAUGACAAAAAAUAUAAAGAUAUACUUAAAAUACCACUUUAGAAUAGCUCAUUAUUACCAAAUGGUAUUUGUUAUUUAUUAUUAUAUAGUUAAUCCUGAUCAUACAACUAUUAGAAUUUGUUAGAAUCCUUUAUUAGAAGCAUCAGGUACACUUAUCUUAUAAGGAGAAUUUAUAAACCAUUAAGGAAAAGAUUUGAAGCCUUUAUUUAAAUCUAAAGGAAGUUGCUUUUUAGAAGAGAUAAAGCAAAAAUGA